UCGAAUCGCAAGUUGUUGGGGACGUUCGCUUUUGUGUGUCGAGAGCCGGAGACGAGUUUUAUAUGAAUCACUUUAAUUUUGGAGCUGAGCGGUGGCCAUAAACAAAUACAGAGAAAAAAAGCUUACAAUAUGCAUUUUCUACACCUUCACGAUGACUGCCUGGAUCUCAUUUUUGCCAAUCUCGAGAUGGAUGAUCUUCUGCCACUCUACAACCAGAUAGACACUCGAUUUGAUGAAGCUAUUGGAAGACAGCUCCACCGCUUCCGCGAUCUGAUGUUCAGCAUGCGAGAGCCCCCAGUGUUUAAUGAAAAUUUAAUGUUAUUGUUGGGCCGGCAGCUGAGGAGCCUGCACAUCAAUGUGGGCUUCUCCACGCAGGAGAAGAUGGUCCUGCAAUACCUGAAGCCCCUCUGCCAAGGAGCCUCCGAGACCCGUCGCCUGAGGGCUUUGAAGCUGGACCACACCAAGUGGUCGGACGACAUAUUGACAGCCGUGGGCAAGGUGAUUCCAUCUCUGGUCUUUCUGGACUUGCGUCAAUGCGAUGUGAGAGAUAACCAGAUAGCGCAGCUCUUGGAAUCGGCAGAUAAGUUGCGGGCCCUCGCUCUGCUCCACUUAAACAAUCAGACGGGCGACUCCCACUGGCAGCCACAGAUAUUGAACAGGACGCCCUCCUUAGAACUCAUCCAUAUCACUGUGCUAGGACCCUUGCCAUUUUCCCCGGAGGAAUUGACCCAACAGUGUCCGAAAAUUAGUUUCAUCGUGAGAUAUCUGAUAAAAAAUGAAGUCGAAGCCUAUGGCCCUCCAGCCAAUUUAGAUUAUUUUAAAUAUGGACUGUGGACUUUAGAAGGACUUUAUUCAUUGCCAUAAACGACCUCAAAAACAAUAAAUAUGUAAUUUUAAUAAUCAUUUAUUUUUUAAGUUUUACACCAUUGUAUUUGAAACCCUCGAACUGAAAUAAAAAUAUAUU